AUGAAGUUCUUCGAGAACACUUUCAACUACGACUACUCCUUUCCGGCCGUUACGCUUGCAUACUUCCUCCGGUAUCCCAACCCUUACUCUCGCCAUGUCCUAGCCUCAGACGUGAUCGACCGGUAUGUCGACCCGGUCACGAAACGACUGCACACGACGAGGCUGCAUCUGAAGAAGUCCAAGGUCCCCUCGGCCAUGCUGAAGCUGCUGCCAAAGGGAAUUGGUGGCGCGGACAACUCGGGCCAGAGUGUGAUUCUCGAGACCAGCGUCAUUGAUGUCAACGAAGGAUGGAUGCGGACAGAGUCUCGCAAUAUGGAGUGGACGGGGGUUCUCAGCGUGGUUGAAAAGCAGGAAUACCAUCGCUGUCGUGCUGAAAACGCAGAUCCUUCUGCCUCUUCUUCUCUGUCUGCGUUAUCAGCCGGCCUAGGCAUUGACGAUAACCUGAAAGGCGAAUGUACGUCGGUGAAAACUACGGUCACAUUUAAGUCUCGCCUGGGCCAGAAUAUGCUUAGUCGGUCGAAAAAGGAUACCACCGUUGACGACGAGGCUCCCAAGAAAGGGUUCUUUGCUUCCUGGUCCACUGCCGGCAUUCAACGAACAAUUGAGCUCAUUGGAGUGAAACGGACGCGCGAUGCUGUUCUUCGCAGCAAACAGGGCAUGAAUGUUGUCCUCGAGCGGCUUCGGAACGGCGGCAUAGUUGGUGUCGUGGAGGGCAUGAGACAGGAUCGAGAGGGCAUCCCAGCUCACGGGGGCCCAUGGAAGCAAGUCUGGCUAAACGGCACCCAAAAGGAAGGGCACUAUGAUGAGGAGUGA